UAUGAAAUGUUCAGGCGCUAGAAACUGUACGGUCCAUCUCUAUUAAAAAUAGAAACAAAAUGAACGAGGAAUUGGAAUUAAUUACCAGCAACCUAAACAAUGCCCUGGCCAAGUUGAAAAACAGCAAUGGUGAAGGUUCACAAAGCCGCAAGGAGAAGAUGGCCCAGCUGAUUCGCUUGCACCUGAAACACGUACAGAGCACGGUGGUCACCCACAGGCGGAGGGCGCAGCAAAGGAUUAGGAGACAAUUCCGGAAGAUGCGCUCCUUUUUCAUGCAGCAAAUGAUGGAGAUGCACUCGAACUACCUGCAGAUGUACGCCAUGCUGCGCCGGAAGCAUGCCCGCGCCGAGGACACGGACUCCGAGCCCAGUGAUGUGGAUGUGGAGGCAGAGCCGCAGGAGGAGGUGGCCAUGCCGACGGACUUCAUCAACUUCGAUUCGCACUUUUUCGAGCAUGUGAUCCCAGAGCUGAGCGAGGAGGAGUUUCUCAACACGCUCCACGUGACCCGGGGCACCUUCGAUACACUGUGCAAGCAGUUGGCCCCCACUCUGCGGACAGCGGAUGAACUGGCUCGACGAUUGCCGGCCAUCUCGCCCGAGAAGUGUGUGGCCUUGGCCCUUUACUUCUUGGCCAGCGGCGAGCGGCUAUCCUUGAUCGCUGAGCGGUUUUCCCUGCCCCGUCCAAGGACCAUCAAAUGCCUGAAAGUAUUCUGCAACGCCGUGAUGUCCACUUUGGGACGAGCCCUGCGCCAGUUGCCCCAGCAUCCGGUGGACUGCAAUAGUGUGGCGGAAGGCUUUCAGCGCGAGAGUAACAUGCCCGCCGCCCUUGUCGGCGUCCUGGGAGUCUGCUCCAUUCCCAUCCGGGCCAAUGGCGAUGCCAAGCACUCGGUGCUACGCAUGGAGUAUCUCCUAGACGACCGGAUGCUCUUUCGAGAGCUACAAUUGGGUUGUGGCCAGCGGGCCACGCUGAUGCCCAUGUUUUCGCACACACCCAAUACCCUCACCUCGCUGCCCAAAUUCCGUAUCAAUUCCCGCCCAGUUCCGGCUUUCGUCUUGGCUCCGGUGUACCAGAACUAUCCACUGCGUCCUUGGCUGCUGCAGCGUUACGCCGAUCCAAUUGCCCCGCACGAGCACGACUUCAACGAGGUGGCCGAGCACCUGCAGGAGUUGAGUGACUGCGCCCUGCAUCGCCUCAUGUCCCGCUGGAGUUUCCUCAGCCAGCCGUUGGACAUUAGCUUCCAGACAGCAUCGUGCAUCAUCACAGCUGCCGCCGUGCUGCACAAUCUGCUCGAGGAACUGAGCGAACCACACAUGCUAGAAUGGGGCAACUCGGUGGAUGUUGCCAAGUUCAGAGCAGAACCGCUGGAAGAUAUGCCCAAUGAUGAGACACCGUCCCAUUCUGCACUUGAGGUGCGCGAUUUUCUAGCCAGAACUAUCAGCUCCACUGAAAUAUAAUCGCAACUAGCUUGUAGCAGAUUAAACGCUCAUACCGAAUAGCAAUCACAAUUAAAAUAACAGACAAAUAAGUUACACUAUGAAAA